UGAGGAGCGUAUGGUGCUGAAACCGAGGCUGUAACGUCAUGCUCGACUCUAAACCUCACCCACCCUCCCAGAGACGAGCAGCUCUUUCACAGGCACAGGCGCAGACGGACUGACUGGCUGGAGCUGUAGCGGAUUGCCGUAGUUAGCGGACACACUGCACAAUGCGUGAAUACAAAUUAGUAGUCCUCGGAUCAGGAGGUGUCGGCAAGUCUGCGCUGACUGUUCAGUUUGUCCAAGGGAUCUUUGUGGAAAAGUAUGACCCCACAAUAGAAGACUCAUACAGAAAGCAAGUGGAGGUGGAUGGACAGCAGUGUAUGUUGGAAAUUCUGGACACUGCCGGAACGGAACAAUUCACAGCUAUGAGGGACCUGUACAUGAAGAACGGCCAGGGCUUUGCACUAGUAUACUCCAUAACAGCACAGUCCACCUUCAAUGAUCUGCAGGACUUGAGGGAACAGAUUCUGCGGGUCAAAGACACAGAUGACGUGCCGAUGAUCCUGGUGGGUAAUAAGUGUGAUCUGGAAGACGAGAGGGUGGUCGGGAAGGAACAGGGCCAGAAUCUCGCCCGUCAGUGGAACAGCUGUGCUUUCCUGGAGUCCUCUGCAAAGUCCAAGAUUAACGUCAAUGAGAUCUUCUAUGACCUGGUCCGGCAAAUCAACAGGAAAACUCCAGUACCUGGAAAGGCCCGCAAAAAGUCUACCUGCCAGCUGCUCUAAUAUACAGCUGUUCUUUUGCUCUGAGCCAGGUCUGAUUUACUGCUGUCUUUCAGCAGUGCCAGCAUUCCGACGUUACUAAAACUUAACAUCGAAUGGACUUUCCUAUGUGGUGAUGCCCCUUUAACAAACCAACCAACCAACCAACCAACCAAUGGAUUCAAGGCUACAGUACCAGGACAGUUUUUUGCACAUAGAUAACCAUCAUCACUUUCCAAUGUCGCGAGAAAGAGAUUUUUACAUAUAAAUAUAUAAAUAUAUAUUCUAACUGUAUGCAACUAAAUAAAAAAAAAACGAAAUGAGUCAACGAAUACAGAGCUAGACAAAACGAAUUUUAAAAAAUACAGAGCCUACAUGCAGUGUUAUCGCUAACGGAGACAGUCACCGUUGUAAAUGUAAGGAGGGAAUGUCUAACCAGGCUGUGCACGUUGCCAUGGCAAUUACAAUGAUAUUUAUAAGCACCACUAUUUUAGCCAGAGAGGAGAGGAAGUCCAAAGAACUCCUAUAUAAACCAUUCUUACAGCUAACUUUCACUCCUUUUUUUUCUUUUUUGUUGAUGAAUAUUUUGUAACUUUUGUUUUGCUUUUAUUCUAAACAUGAUUUGUUCAUCUUUGUUUGCCUUUUUUCUCUUUUAUAAAAUGACUAGAUUUUUGCUGAAUGGAGAUGUUAUAUUCACAACAUCUAUUGAUGGGUUUUACAGUAGGAAAUACCUGUGGAUACAGUGAUGUACAUGUAAAAAGUUCAAAAAGUAUAAUUUUUUUUUUUUCUGUCACUUAUCAUUGUCCUUAGCCUCAGAUGUUGCCUUCAAAUAUGUGUUAAUAUCUUU